UCACCUUUCUCCAUUCCCCCGCUAUUGUCGCCCAUCAUGGCACCUCUCAUCGCUUCGCAGGAGGAACUUCAACGUAGACGGAUUGUUGAUAUUAAUCCCGAAACCGUCUCCAACUUCGCCUCGACAGAUUUCCCCGGCCACUGGCCUGGUGAGUCGCACGAAUGGAACCUGGGGAAAUUCCGCGAUAACUUCAACGUCGAGUUUCACCGCAACGAUCAAUUCGAAGCUUCUUUCUCGCUGGUCGGCCUCGAUGCAUCCAUCGCCAAUGCCUUCCGCCGUAUCCUCAUGGCUGAGGUUCCCAGCAUAGCCAUUGAAUUUGUCUUCGUUCACAACAACACCUCGGUCAUCCAGGAUGAGGUGCUCGCUCAACGUCUGGGUCUGAUUCCCCUCAAGGGUUCCGUUGAGGGUAUCAACUGGAUGCGCUGGUUCAAGAAGCCCACCGAGGACGAUCCGGAGGGCGGAAGCACCCCUAGCGAUUUCAACACCAUUGUCUUGCGCCUGGAUGUCAAAUGCGAGAAGAACACCAACGUGGAUCCCAAGGAAGACGACCCCCGCAAACUCUACAAACACGCCCACGUCUACGCCAAGGACAUCACUUUCCAUCCUGUCGGUCGCCAGGAACAGUUCUUCGUGGGCGACGAUGCCAUCCAGCCGGUCAACCCAGACAUCUUGAUCGCCAAGCUCCGCCCCGGUCAGAAGAUAGAUAUGGAGUUGCACGUUAUCAAGGGCAUCGGUGCUGAUCACGCCAAGUUCUCUCCGGUCGCUACCGCCUCGUACCGUCUCCUUCCCGACAUCAAGAUUCUACGUCCCAUUAUCGGUGAAGAUGCUCGCAAGUUCGUCAAGUGCUUCCCCGCCGGGGUCAUUGGUCUUGAACAGGUCACUCGUGAGGAGGCUUCGCAGAAGGGAAGCGGGUACGAAGGUCAUGAGGGUGAAAUGAAGGCCGUCGUUCGCGAUGCUUUCAAGGAUACCGUCAGCAGAGAGUGUUUGAGACACGAGGAGUUCCAGGGCAAGGUCAAGCUCGGUCGCGUUCGUGACCACUUCAUUUUCAACGUGGAGAGUGUUGGCCAGUUCGACAGUGACGUUCUGUUCUUGGAGAGCGUGAAGGUGCUGAAGCUGAAAUGCGCGAGAUGGAAGCGAGGCCUCGUUGACCUUGUGCGCUAAUUCGGUCUCCUUCGUUGCCCCCACCUAAAAUGAUUUGAAGCUAUAUAAUGCAUUGGCCUGGCGUUGGAAAUUUUAUUCUUUUAUCUCUUUACCGUUCCUGUGCUUUCUUUCCUAUGUUUAUACGUUUACGAGAAGUUGGUCACAUAGCCUUCUUUACUUGUCGGGAGUCUGGACACGGAAACUUCUUUGAAAUAGAAAAGCAGAUUUGAC